AGGGUGGGAUGGGAACUUGGAGGAGAAAGGAUUCACCUGGUUACUGGAUGAUGCCAAAGGUAAUAAUUUUUGCCUUACGUUGAAUCUUUGUAUUUUAAAAAUCCUGCGCAGCACUUUUCUUGUAAAGAUUUUACUUUUACUCUCAUUUUUUAUACGUGUGACCAAUAGAUCAACCAACUUCCGAGAGCGGCAUACCUCUGUCCCCAGUCCACUAUGGCUUUACUCUAAAGUAGCUGAUGCUAAGAUGUUACCUGCUGGAGUGUCUGUGGAUACAAGAGCGAAUUUGCCCCAUGGGGCCACUGGUGAUCCCAAUUUGAAAGAUGGUUGUUGUUUAGAUGGUUCUCAGGACAAGAAAGAAUGGAGGAGGGCUGCACCCGAUCUUGAAAGCAGUCGCUACUGGCAUGAAGAGGAGAGAGAAACUAGCAUACUUGGCCAAAGAGAUUGCAGAAAAGAUGACCGUCGCACUGAUAUUUCUUCAACAAUGGAUGUUCCUGGAAAUAGGACCUUAUUGUCUUCAGAGCGAUGGCAAGAUGUUAGUAGUAGUGGUUCAGGGCUUGAAUUUCGAAGAGAAAACAAGUGGUCUUCAAGAUGGGGUCUUGAAAAAAGGUUCUCGAAAUGACAAGAGAACAUAUGCUAAGAAGGAAGAUGCCCCUUCCGAGAAACAAACUCUUGCUAGUGGGGGUCGCUUAGCUUCUGAGCGUGAGAAUGAUUCUCGUGAUAAAUGGAGGCCACAUCAUCGUUUGGAAAUUCAUGCUGGUGGGUCUGCUUCUUACAGCAGUGCUCCAUGAUUCCGUUUGGAGAGGGGACAAGUGAAGAGAUCAAAUGUGGGUUUUACAGCAGGACGAGGGAAGCCACAAUCUGUUUCUGUUAUUGGAGCUCUUCCCGUGGAUAAAAACAAGACCUUUAAUGCAUAUUGCUAUCCAAGAGGAAAACUACUUGACAUUUACCGCAAGCAAAAGGCUGCUACAAAUUUUGACACCCUACCUGAUGAAAUGGAUCAUUCAUCAACUGUAACACAAAAAGAAAUUGUUGAGCCUUUCGCUUUUGUUCCUCCUUUUGCAGAGGAAGAGGUUGUCCUUGGAGAUAUAUGGAAAGGAAAAAGUACAAGCAGUGAUGUGAUCUGCGGCUCAUUUAGGGACACAAGUGAAGAAAAACAAUGUUUCUCGGUUAACAGGGACGGCAGUGUUGAAUCUGGUGAGAAGGCUUCUGUAAACAAUAAUUAUCAAGGGAAUCACGCUGAGACAUUAUAUGUGUCAGAUUCACAGAUGAUUAUGACAAAAGAAAUGAAUGGUUCAAAAGGUGGGCAAAGAUAUAUGACACCAUCUUAUAUUUAUGUAACGGAUGCGUUGGGGUCAGGUAAGGAGAUUGAUGGUUCCAAAAAUUACAUGGAUGGAUUAAAAUCUUUUGAUAAGCGACAAGUAGCUGAUAUGAGAACGGAAAAGGACUCUAAUGCGGAGGACAAUGUAUCAUCCAUGCAAUUAGGAGUGGGUAGCGAGCUUCCUGAAGGCUCAAGCUCUCUAUUUGGUUUUCAGUCACUACAGCCUACUCUUGGUUGUGACCAGAUAAAUGUUGAGGGCAAUAAGGAAGCACAUUCACAAGAAAGUAUCACCGCUGCUGAGGAAUUGAGUUUGUGCUAUCUUGAUCCUCAAGGGGUAAUUCAGGGACCAUAUAUGGGGAUUGACAUAAUUUCAUGGUUUGAGCAAGGUUAUUUUGGUACAGACUUACCUGUUCGAUUGGCAAAUGCUCAUGAUGGAUCGCCUUUCCGAGAACUUGGUUUGAGCAAGGUUAUUUUGGUACAGACUUACCUGUUCGAUUGGCAAAUGCUCAUGAUGGAUCGCCUUUCCGAGAACUUGGUGAAGUGA